CCACCCCUGGUCAGUGAAUCAGUGUAUCAGUGCGAGGCUAAUUAGGAGGAAGAAAGCCAUCUUGGAUAUCAUCAAUACGUUUGUAGUAUUCCACUUUCAAAAUGAGCUUUUUUGGAUUCGGCCAAUCUGCCGAAGUGGAAAUUCAGCUGUCUAACUCCGCAAACCGUAAGCAAGUAGACGUGAAGAACGAAGACGGGAAAAAAGAGAGACUGUUUUUGUACUAUGACGGGGAAACCGUAUCUGGCAAGGUGAAUGUCAAUUUAAAAGUCCCUGGAAAGAAACUGGAACAUCAUGGUAUAAAGAUAGAGUUUGUUGGACAAAUAGAGCUUUUUUAUGAUCGUGGAAAUCACCAUGAAUUCACUUCAUUGGUCCGAGAUUUAGCACGGCCUGGUGAAUUGACACAGAGUGAGACCUAUGAUUUUGAGUUUGUUAAUGUGGAGAAGCCUUAUGAGACGUACACUGGAGCAAAUGUCAGACUAAGAUAUUUUCUUCGUGUGUCUGUGGUCAGAAGAAUCAGUGACAUAUCCAAAGAACUUGAUCUUGCUGUCCAUACCUUGUCAAGUUUUCCUGAAAUGAACAAUAGCAUCAAAAUGGAAGUUGGCAUUGAGGACUGUUUGCACAUAGAGUUUGAAUACAACAAAUCAAAAUACCACUUAAAAGAUGUGAUUGUGGGAAAAAUCUACUUCCUGCUUGUGCGCAUAAAGAUCAAACACAUGGAGUUAGCAAUUAUCAAAAGAGAGACAACUGGAACAGGUCCCAAUACUUAUAAUGAAAAUGAAACAAUUGCAAAGUAUGAGAUCAUGGAUGGAGCACCUGUGCGAGGAGAGUCCAUUCCAAUCCGGCUAUUCUUGGCAGGUUAUGAGCUGACGCCAACCUUCAAAGAUGUCAACAAGAAGUUUUCUGUGCGGUACUUCUUAAAUCUUGUCCUUGUUGAUGAAGAGGAAAGAAGAUACUUCAAACAACAGGAAAUUGUACUGUGGAGAAAAGGAGACUUGAAGAAAAAGCCUGGCAUCUUAACAGAGAAACUGAAGCACUCAAGAGAAGAGAGCAAGCCAGAAGAUACGGAGGAGUAAACUGGAAAUAUUCAAUGCAUAGAGCCCCAUGUAUAUGAUAUAUAGAGUAUAAGGAGUAUUCUAUACAGUGUUCAAUGACUGUCUUUGCCAACACAAUUUGAAAAGACGCUUUUUCCUGGUAAUCUACCAAUGACAAACUGUAAAUCGAUUCUCUUUUAUAAUGAGGAAGAAAGCAUUUUACUGAUGCAUGCAAAUAUUAUUUGGCAAAUAUGUAACACUUAAUCAAAAACAAAUAGAUUCUAGUAUCU